AAAAGUUUAGACACUAUACGGAUACAGAGUUCACUAUAAAAGAGAUACAAAUGUACGACUAAGAAACUUUGAGGAAUCUUGCUUUGCUUCCGAGGUUUGCAGUUCAACAUGACACGAUUUGCACCCCUCUUUAUAGUAGCUGUACUUGUUGCGGUUAGCCAUGGUUACCGCAACCAAGACGUCAAUGAAUUAAGUGUCGGACAAAAUCCUGACCAAUCGUUUCAAGGGUGCAUGCUUCGUUGUAUAGACAAAGACUUGUGCUGCUCUUGCAAGGCAUCCUCAAAACUGUCAAUGAAUGCUGCGAUGAUCAACGACUUCAUGAAGACAUGCCCGAAAGCAGACGACUCUGACUGCACUGUACACUGGCUCACUUCAUGGAUGAACGUCGAACGGGGCGGGGCAAGUAACUGCACGGUGAAGGACAUUGUAGAGAAACAGAUUAAUCAAUGUACCUCUCGGUGCAAAGGGAGGCCUAUCUCUAAACCGCUGAAUCCUUAUCACCCAUUGGAAUAUCCGGGACAAUUCUCUGAUUUCUCAGAGCUUUUAGACUACAGCGAACCAGAGUUCACUGAGUUUUGCAGUGAUAUCCGCACUGAAGGUAUUUUAUGCACAGUUUGGAGUUCGAACAGCUUUACGGCCGGUAACACGAGAUGUCGACAGGAUACAGUAUGCGAUUAUCAUGGUAAGGCAUAUAAAUGGUGCUACACAAACGAACAGGACCACUGGGACUAUUGUUGCACGGGUACAUGCGAUUUCCAUGGCUACAACUACAUGUGGUGUAAAUCAGGUUCGAAGUGGCAAUAUUGUGGUGAUGCUGGAUCUGUAGAUACACAAGGUAGGAAGUGCGUGGAAUCAGUUCCCUGUGGGGUGCACCAGGAGAUCGGUAAAGCAAGUUAUUUUUGGUGUUACGUAGAUCACAACAAAAAUUGGGGUAGAUGUUGCGAGCCCUGGGACGCGUGUAACCCCAAAUCGACGACAAGUGGCUGCUAUACCGGAUACAAGAAAAACACAGUGUGGCAGAAAUGCAAGAACACCCCAGAAUAAAGUGAAUCGAGCACUUUUAUCCUAUUCCUUCAAUGACAGAUUUUUCUCAGUACGUCUAUUUGGAUUUAAUAUGUUGCAAAAUAAUGUAUCAAUUCAGUAAUACUAGGGUAAUUUACUUUGUGUCGCAAUAUUUCAUUAUUUUUGAACGUAUACAUAUGUACCACCUACAAUUUUGAAGAAAACGCGAAAAUACGAUGACGUCAUAAUAACAAUUAUGUUAGAUAGUCGGACCAUUUUUAUGCGUUUUUUUUUUCAAAGCGUCAUAAUAGCAAACAGUACAAAAGUACAUGUUAUUUCAAUUGGCUGCAAAAUCGAAACCAAGUAUUUGACAUAUCACCGAGGGAUCAUAGUAUAUAAGAAAUGCGAUAAAAACUAUAUCAUUCGUCGCUGCUAAAACAACGUACAUAUUGGUUUAAAGGCACAUUAUGCCUCAGAAACGACUUUUUUCUUCUUUAGAAAGGGCAAAUAUGAGUUUUAUAACGUUUAAUAAUGUUUUUUUUAUAGAGAAUAUAGAGGUUUAUCACAUAAGGAAAUUAGCACUUAAUGUGAAAUUAUUUCUCCUAAACGUAGUAACAUGUAAAAAAGUAAUAUUUUGACUUUCAUACAGAAUUUUAGACGACUUCUUUUGGAAACUAGAUCAAUACCAGGACGUAUACAUAAUAAACAUGUUUUAAGAAAUAAAAAAAAAGCAUUUCUUGGGCAUAAUGGACAUUUGAGAACGCAUUAUCUUAAAUUUAUGGAUAUAUGAAAUCGAAUAAUUUCAUUAAAGUUGAUAUUUGGUAAUAGUAAAUAUUUGGUAAUUGCCGUCUAGAUAAUGUUUUUGUAGAUUGUUGGUCAAUUGUUUAUUCUUAACAAUAAAGGAAUAUGAGGAAUAAAGUUAACAUGAAAGUAUAAAUGUAUAUAUUUCGUGUGAUGGCGCUGAGAUUGAUCAUUAUUGUAUUUGAGCCGCGUCACGACAAAACCAACAUAGUGCAUUUGCGACCAGCAUGGAUC